AGCGGUCAACACGAAAACGUCACAUUCCAUAAACCAGACUUUUUUUUAUUAGGUUACUUUUACUUCUUUCUACACGCACACACGCACCGAAGAACGCGAUAACGCAUCGCUUUAGAUCCUCCUGUACGAGAGAGUAGAAAUUCUCUCCUCCACCGCUAACCGCCAUCUGCGCUCCAUGACGGAUUAAGAAUAAAACAAUUACGGGAAGGCUGCACGUACCACUUGCCAGGAUUACAUACAGAAAUAGAAAAGACAACGCGUUGAUUGAGAUCAAUCUGACGUAGAUAUAUACACCACCCAUUGUUGAGUUGUUUGCGAUGCGCGUCAAGUCGAUCGUCAUCGACGGCUUUAAGUCGUAUGCCCACCGCAAGGAGCUCGCGGACCUGAGCCCGCACUUCAACGCUAUCACCGGGCUCAACGGCAGCGGCAAGUCAAACAUCUUCGACGCGAUCUGCUUCGUCAUGGGCAUUACAAACCUGAAGCGGGUGCGGGCCGAGGACCCGCGGGAGCUCAUCUUCCGCGCCGGCACGACCGGCGUGCACGCGGCGCGGGUCACGAUCGAGUUCGUGAACGACGACGCCGCGACGGCCCCGCCGGGCUACAGCUGUGACGAGUACCCGACCAUCACGAUCGGCCGCCAGAUCAAACUCGGUGGUCGCCAACAGUUCUUCUUCAACAACACCGUCUCCCUGCAAAGCAAGGUGAAGCGCUUCUUCGAGAGCAUCAGCCUCAACGUCGACAACCCGCAUUUCAUGAUUCUGCAAGGCACCGUCCAUAAGCUGAUCGGCAUGCGUUCGCAGGAUAUCCUGUCCUUAAUCGAGGAGGCCGUCGGCACGAAGGCGUUUGACCACCGCCGUCGCACCGCGGAGACCCUCAUUCGAAAUAAGGAGCGUAAAAUGGAGGAGAUCGACACGAACAUCGAAGUACAAAUUCGGCCGCUCUUGGAGACGAUGAAGGCGGACCAGGAGGAGUACCACCGCUUCCUGGAAAAGCGCGAGAAGAUGGAGGAGAAGCAGCGCUUCCGCAUCGCGCUGGAGUACCACACGCACCGCACGCAGCUCGCGGAGGUCGAGACGACGACGGCGACGCGCCGGCAGGACGUGCAGGGCGCCAAGACGCAGCUGCAAGCCUUGCCCCGACAAGAGGAGAACCUCACACGUCGGCAGAUGCAGCUGCAAGACUCCCUCGGUGCCCCGAGCGAGGCCGCCGUGUCCCUUCGCGAGGAGGAGGACGAGUUAAAGAAGGUGCACGGCCGCUACGAGGCGCAGUUCGAGAACUGCGUCGCCUCGCUCAAGCAGCUGGAGGCGCAGCUGAAGAACCUGCGCAAGGAGCAGGAGAAGCAGAGCAGCGGCCAGGCCGCCUUCGCCGCGCGCCGUCAGCGUCACGAGGAGCUGCUCGAACAGAUGAAGGAAAGCAAAGCCACGUGCGUCAACUUGAAACGGAGUCUGAAGCUGCUGCAAUCCGGCGUCCAGGCCGGGUCCGCCGGCGUCUCACUCGCCGAGGAGCGACAGCAGGUGGACCUACAGCUCAUUGAACAGCAGUCGCAGGUGCGCCGUAUGACCGAGCGCGUGGGCGAGCUGACAAAGCAGCAAAGGCGGGCUGAGGCGCAGCAGGUCGAGCAGCGCAGUCGCGUCGAGCACCUGCAGCGUGAACUCGACAAGGCAAACACCGCGUUGGAGGCGGCCCGGUCGAGGUACGCCCCGCUGGCACCGAAGCAGCAGCGGAAAGAAGCAUUGGAAAACGAGAUGGCAGAGCGGAAGCGGGAGUAUCAGGCGGAGUACGACAACUUCCAGCGGCAGAUGACGAACAACACGCGCAGCUUUGACCUCGACUACAACAGAUAUGCGUGUCCGCCCGGCACGGAGGAGAGGGUGCUGGGCCGCGUCGGCGAACUGAUCGUACCACGGGACGCGAAACACUCUUUAGGCCUCAUGGUCGGAGCGCAGAACCAGCUUCUACGUGUCGUCGUGGAGGACGACCGGGUGGCGGAGGCGAUCAUACACGGCGGGCUGCGGCAGCGCACCUCCUUCCUCGCGCUGAACAAACUGCAGAGGCCGCGCUUCUUCAUAGAUGCGGCGAAGCUGCAGGCGGCUGAGCUGCUCGCGGCGCAGCAGGGGGAGUGGGUGCAACGCGCGCGGGACCUCGUGCACGUCUCCUCCCCAUCGUUGAGCGAGUUGGCAGACUUCGUCUUUGGCGGCUUUCUCGUCUGCUCGAGCCUCCGCCUCGCCCAGGAACUCGCCUACACGCCGGCAAUCAAAGUGAAGGCCGUCACGCUCGACGGCGAGACGGCGGAGCCGAACGGGCUGAUGACCGGCGGCUCGACACGUCAACUCCGCGACACCUUCGCGGAGCUCCGCACCUACGCCGCGCUAAGGGAGCCGCUGAAGGCGCUGCAGCAGCGAACCCGCACGUUGGAGGCCGAGUACGCGGAUCUGCGUGACAUUCUGCGACAGCAUCAGCAAGACAUCCUCACGUACAAGUCCGCGGAGGAGGCAGCGGAGCUGGCGAAGCAGCGCUACACGGUGGCGGCCUCCACCGUGCAGGGAGCGUUGAACGAAGCUAGCGAGCAGCUUGACGCGGCGACCGCGAUGUGCACCGAGGCGCAGGCGAGCGUGGCGGUGCUGCUGGAACGACAGAAAAAGCUCGCCACGCAGGCGCAGACCACCGACCUCAGCGCGGCCCGACGUGACAUGGAGGAGCAACUCGCCGCGGCGGAGGCAUCGGUGCUGCGGCUGACGGCCGAGGAGGAGCGCGAUGCAGCGGAGUUCGAGCGUUUGGAGGCGGACACCGAGCAGCAGGCGGCGGACCUGUCGCGCAAAACAAUAGAGGCGCAGGAGGAGUUAGCCCAGCAGCAGAGUCAAAAGCUAAAGCUCGCGGCGCAGAUGGACGAGGUGAAGCAGCAGCUGGCCGAUGUGCAGGCGCGCUACAAGCACACCGAAGACCAACGUCAGCGGAUUGAAAGGGAGAUCGAAGAAGCGCAGGAGGAGCUCACGCGAUUGGCGGAGCGGAAGGCUACCUUGGACAAUGUCGUGAAGAACAGCGAGGUGGAGCUGCGAGAGCAGACGAAGACGCUAGAGGACCUGCGGAAGCGCGUGCACGAUGCCGAGCACCGACACGCGUGGCUGCUUGAGGAGCAAGAUCAGCUCAAUAAACCUGGUGGACCCUACGACUUCGACGACACCGCGCGCACCGCGGCCAUCUUGCAGGACCUACGCGAGAUUGAGGCGCGUGCCGCGGUCGUCUCGUCGAAGCUUUCGCAGAAGUCCGCCAUCUUGUACGAGGAGCGUCGCCGAGAGUACGAGGAGCUGGCGAAGCAGCGCACGGCCCUCAGCGAGGAUAAGGAGGCGAUUCAGCGCUGCAUUCACGAGAUCGAAUCCAAGAAGUGGGGGGCGCUGGAUCGCAUGGUCAGCGUAGUCAGCGCCAUCUUCGGGAAGCUUUUUGCGACGUGCUUGCCCGGGUCCGCCGCACAGCUGCAGGAGGAGCGCGAUGCGGCGGGUCACCUGACCGGUCUGGGCGUUCGUGUCUCCUUCAACGGGAAGGCGAAGGAGUCGCUGUCGGAGCUGAGCGGAGGCCAGCGCUCGCUUCUUGCGCUGUGCCUCAUCCUCGCCAUCCUGCGAGUACGCCCCGCCCCGCUGUACAUCUUAGACGAGGUGGACGCCGCGCUCGACCCGAGCCACACGCAGAACAUUGGUCGCAUGCUGCAGCUCUACUUCCCUCAUUCCCAGUUCCUGCUCGUGUCAUUGAAGGACGGCAUGUUCAGCAACGCGAACGUGUUGUACCACGUGCGCAACACGCAGGGCUACUCGGAGGUGGCACGCAUUGAGCACAAGGUGGCGCAGCAGCCACGUCAGCACGACAAGGAUGGCAACGAGGGUGGAGACGGUAACGACACAGCAGCGGCAAAUGCUGCCGCGGCCACGGCAGGAGGAGCAACGGUGGCUUCGCCUGUGUAA